AUGACAUAUCGACAAUAUUCCGACUGGUCAUCGGAUCCAGCAUGGACCAUACAUGGAAGUCAUUUACCGAUCGAACGUAUUGUUUGGACAGAUGAUGAUGAUAGAGUUGAUCGAAAGAAGACAUCCUUUGCCUGGUAUUGGUGUUUUAGAUGUUGCAUUGUUGGAUCAUUACUAGCUGGAAUAGGUUUAGCUAUUGUACUCACAUUCUGGUUGACAUCAAAAACAACAGCAACACAAAUAUUAAGCACAUCGACUACUUCUCAAACUACUACAACUACAACAAGUACAACAAGCACUAGUACAUCAACGAGUACAACAACGACUCUGCCCAUAUGUAAUACUACUUGUCUCAAUCAAACUUGGUUAUCUACAGCGUCAAUCUUGGCUAAAUGGCAUUUUGAAAACAACUAUGCUGAUGAGUUCAAUUUGCAUAAUGGCGUUGCAUCAGGUAGUCCUAAUCUUACAUUCGUUCAAGGUUACGCUGGUCAAGCCAUUUCAUUCGUCGCUAAUUCUAGUCAAAUGGUGUCGACUUCGUACAUUCCUUUGGCAAAUACAAGCUUUUCUAUAGAUGCUUGGAUUUAUCCAACUGGUCUGACUAAUCCAUUACACCAGAGUAUCUGCGGUCUUUGUCCCACAGCAGCAGCUGAUCAAUGUCUGCAUAUGACACUUCGUCUGACCGGCUCGAUCUAUCCACUUUACUUUGGUCUUUAUGGUGAUGAUGUCAAUACGAAUACACCAGCCAUUUUGAUCAAUAAUUGGGUGCAUGCAGCUUUCGUAUAUGAUGCCACAAAUCGAAUACUGUCAGUCUACCGCAAUGGAAUUUUUCUAUCAGGAGGCUCAACCUCUUCUGGAUUGAAAGCGACCACUGGCAGCUUUCAAAUUGGCAAUAUUCCUGUUUUGGUAGCGAGUGUCGACACAUUCCAGGGUUACAUUGACGAGCUGUCCGUUAGUGGUCGACUAAAGUCUGCGUGUGAAAUUUUGGAACAGGCCACUUUGGCGGCUCGUUUCAGCUUCGAUGGAAGUUCACCACUACUUGAUCUCGGACCAAAUUCCGUCUCAUCUGUCGCUUCAAAUUACAAUCUAGUCAGUGGUCGAACUCUACAAGCUAUUUCAUUCAUGGGUAUUUCCACUUCAUUCUUCCAAGCAUCAGGUUUUCUUGCUCUUGGCAUAGCCCAUCAGCCAUUCAGCUUUUCACUGUGGGUGAAGCCACAGUCACUUGCGGGGACAAUCGUACACGUAUCGACCAAUAGUUCUGGUACUGAUUUUUGUGCUCCUUUUAUCGGCUUCUCAUCGAAUGGUUCAUUAAUAGUUCAAAUGAUGACAAAUACUAGUUAUGUGGCUAUAUCGUAUUCAACUCUGUCACUGACCGAUUUUACUCAUAUUGUUCAGACGUGGAGUUCGACAAAUGGACUUCGACUAUAUAUCAAUAAUGUUUUAGUUGGAUCAGUAGCAGCGACAACUUAUCAGACUGCGUCGAGUUGGGUUAAUUACGUGACAUUAGGUGGCUGUUUAAACGGCUGUAUGAGCUGCACCACACUUCCAGGCAAUCAAGUAUUGCCAGGCCCAUUUGCAGGUGUUGUGGAUGACUUUCGAGUAUACAGUCGUGAAGUGACAGCAAGUGAUGUAUGCACCCUAUACACGUUUAGUUGA